UAAUUAUCGAGUCAUUUAGGCAAUACUGUAGCAAUGUGUUGUAUUUAGUACAGUCAUGGUACUUGAAACGUUCGAGUGUGGACCAGUUUGAUGUACCAUAUUGCGUUUAAUGAAUAAUUUUGAUCUAGCGUCUGCGGUUUUGAACAGAAAGUUAGUUUACGGCUACGGUAACAGCGGAAAACAUUUGCAGUACUGAAACAGAAUAUAUGUAUUAUAUAAAAAGAGCACUACAGUGCAGUAGUAGACUGCGGCAACAAUUAAAAGUUUAAAGCUUAUCUCAUAACAUAGCAAGUCGCCAAUAACACAUUAGAAGCUUAUAAAUGCCAAACGAUUUCCGGUACGUUAAACUGAACGAUGACGACACUGAAGAUUAUAUUGAAGAAAAAUCAACCGAUUCACUGUUGGAUAAUGCGGAAGGGGGCGUAACAAAGGGAAUCACUAAAACAGCGAAAAAAUCGUCGAUAUGGACGUUCAUGUUACUAGGAAUUAUUACUUUGUCUCGAACUACUGGGGGGUUAUUUAUAUCUAUUCUUGGUCCUACAUUACUUACGUUGGCAAAUAACGUUGGUUCUAGUGUUGGUGAAAUUUCAUUUGUCUUUAGUGGUCGAUCGUUUGGUGGUUUGGCUGGUGGAAUGGUCACUGGGUACAUAAUGAGACAAGUUAAUAACAUGCUAAGUUUUGGCUUGGCCCAUUUUCUACUUGCAGUAGUUAUGUUGCUAACACCCCUAGUCAGUGACUUGUGGAUUUUAAUUACGUUCACUAUGGUUGGGGCGGUGGGGUUCGGUUUUCUAGAUGCAGGUAUGCAAGCUCUUAUACUUCAAACAUGGGGAGCCAAAUCUUCACAAGGAUUGAUAGCUUAUUAUCAUUUUACCUUUGUUAUUGGAGCUUUCUUUGCCCCGCUGUUAGCUGAACAUUAUUUGGUGGAAGAAGACAACCAAAGCACUUGUCCGAAUAACAGAACUAAUAUACAAGCUUUAAAUAUUACGAAUGGAGUAACACAAUCAUUUUUGAACCAAACGGAUCAGGUUGGAGUCACCACCACGUCUUUACCAAAAGACGAUAAUCCAAUCAUGUGGGCUUACCUUAUAAUAUCAGUGUUUAUGUUCGUGGUCGGCGUCCUCUUUCUUGUACUCGGAUGUUUUGGGAUCGAAUCCCGCGUCCGCUCCUCAAAGACAGAGGUUGUGGAGACGAGAAAAGAAGAUAAACUGAAAGAUGUCGCACUUCUCUUCUUUUUGGUGACUUCUUAUUACUUCUUCUGCGUGGCAGGGGAGUCGAUAUACAACAGCUACAUUUACUCAGCGACCGUGUGCUCUGAAUUAAAGUUUUCUGUCACUGCAGCCACUGGAAUGAAUACAAUGUUUUGGGUUGGUUUUGCUGCGGGCCGUUUUUGUGGCGUGGCGAUUGCAAAUUAUUUCACACCGUUUCAAAUUAUAACAGCCGACCUUUUUGGGGUGACUCUCUCAAUGGUUGUCGUCUGCCUGUUCGGAGAAAACGUUGCUGCGAUUACAUGGGUAGUCACAUUCCUAUACAGUUUUUUCCAAGGGACGCUAUAUCCGUGUGGUGUAUCUUGGACGUCUCAGUUCACAAAUAUGUCCGGGAAUUAUAUAUUUAUUUUUACCAUAGGCCAAACUGUAGGCAAUAUUAUACUACUUCCAAUAGCCGGUCAAAUGUUUGACGCACAUCCCUUCAGUGUUUUAAAUUUGGUCUUAAUUUGCUCAGUGGCAAACGCGUUAUCUUUUAUGGGAAUGGUAGCCGAGCGUAAGUAUUCUGCCAAAUAAACUUAAAUGAGUGUAAA